CCAUUUAUUCAAGUAAGGGAUCAUAGUUUGGAAAUCUUACCCUUAGUUUGGAAUUAUGGAAUAGUCUAGUCGUUCAAAAUGGCGUCGGCGGGAAAAAAAAAUUUCCAGUCUGAUCGGAAACCUCCGGGAGAUCGGCUGUCUGCGUCCUUCACGGACACCGCAGACUCCACCAUCGGGGUUAUUUGGCAAAUGUCACAGGAAGGAGAGUUCAACCCAAGCGCGAUGGAUGAGGCUUUGGACAAGAGACGACAGCUCCGCAAGAACUUCAGGCCAUCGUUCCCGACUGCGGCCCUCGCAGCGUCCCCCGCGGUACGACAGGAGGCAGCCAGCAGGACGCUACGCAGGAGAAGCACUAAUGUGGAGAAAUCCCUCCAGCUCCUGGACCAGGCAGUCGGCACCACCCCUGGCCCGGUGCUGCGGAUGGCGCGUACACCGGCGAGCCAGCUGCGUCACACCAGCUACACGCCGCGCCCCGUCCCCUCCACCUCACAGUUUGAUGUCAGCAUGACCCUGGGAAUGACCCCUGCCAAGUCCAUGCCUCUAUCACAGUCUAUGGUACACACACCUGCUCAGAGGCCACCUUCCACUAUGGAGAUGUUCACCCCAGGUGGGGUCACUGAGGACAUCACAUCUACCAACAUGUCACUACUACUGGAGGAGGAUCCAGGCUUGGCAGCAUCCUCAGGUGUGUACACAGACUUCAUGCAGUGUCUGCGGGGCAAGCCGACCUCCAAGGAAGUGUUUGAGCUGCUCGAUGAGUACCAGCAGGUGUGCUGCGAGCAGGUGUCCCUGCUGAAGAGGAUUGUGAAGAAGGUGACGACAGUGCAGAACAAGUUCCAGCUGACCCUGACAGUUCUACAGCUGUUACAGCAGGAGAAGUGCACCUGGAGACUCUUGUUCUCCAUGUACAAGGACAGAAUCCAGUCCGAGUUCUCGGAGUCAGAAGCAAUGAUGACAGAUUUGGUCAACAACAACGUGAGCGAGCGCAAGAUCGUGGAGGCACUGUUUGAUCGGGAAGCCUCAACCAGACAGAGCCAGCUGGUUAUUGACUGGCUGGAGAGAAACGCAGCAGACGAGGUGGUAGACUUUUACGAGAAAGUGGAGUUUUACUCCCAGUCAGUUUGUUGGGAGAACACACUCCACACACUACAGCAGGGAACCGGCCUGGCCCAGGGUAGCAGGGCGCUGGUGACGGAGAUGGACCCUGAUGCACCCAUCCGACAGCAGCGCCUCCUAGCGGAUCUGGACAAGGAGGAUGAAGUGCGCCUGCUGAAGUACAUUUUUACCUACCUGCGAGCCGGGCAGUUGGAGGAGGCCCAGAGACUGUGUAGGAAGUGUGGCCAGUCCUGGCGAGCAGCCACUCUUGAAGGAUGGAGACUCUACCAUGAUCCUAACAUGGAGGGGGUUUCCAGUGAGUUAGCACCAGUAGAAGGGAACCCUAACCGAGAUGUGUGGAAGACAGUGUGCUGGAGGAUGGCGCAGGACGAACACGUUCACAUGUACGAGAGAGCGAUAUACGCUGCACUAAGCGGGAACCUGAAGGAGCUGUUGCCUGCCUGUGAAUCCUGGGAAGACUGGCUGUGGGCUUACUACAAGGUGAUGGUGGACUCCCGCGUGGAGCAGGAGAUCCGCACGGUACGGGGGGACCGCCCGCUGGAGCCCCUCCCACCUGCAUACUGGGACAAGGUCCUAACACCAGAGGCCAUCUUCAAGGAACUCCAGUCAUCUCCUCAUGAUGGAGUGAAGUCAGAAGCGGAGGAACCGUUCCACACCAUCCAGAAGUACAUCAUUCUGGGGGAUGUGGAUGGGUUGAUAGAGACCAUGAGUGAGUGGAUAAAUGGUGACUCCUCUCCCCACCAACACCUUGUGCGUUUCAUGGCCCACCUGGUCCUGUUCUUCCGUUCCAUCGGAGUCCACACCAAAGAUGAGCUGUGCACAGCUAUACUGGAGCACUAUGUCAGGACCCUGAUUGAUGCAGGUGAGACCCAGCUGGUGGCAUUCUACACGGCCACGCUGCCUCUGGACCGACAGGUGCUGCUGUAUGCACACUUCCUGGAGCGAGUGGAGGAACACGCUGAGCGGCAGAUGUGCCUGGAGCUGGCCGAGGAAGCCGGGCUGGACAUCCCCACAAUAACCAAGACAGUUGUAGAGAACAUCCGCACCCGCGACCAAGGUGACUUCAAGGUCGGUGUGGAGAUCACGGCUGCCCUAGAGGCUGCCACAUCCGAAGACGACAGGCGAAAGAUCAGGGCCAUCGAUUGGCUGGUGUUUGACGAAUCACAGCGGGCUGAGGCGCUGAAGCAGAGUAAUGCCGUGAUGCGAACCUUCCUGGCCAUGAAGAAGCACACAGCAGCAAAAGAAGUCUUUGCGAAGAUUCCCACCGGGUCCGUGGAUGUCAUCAACCGGCAGUGGCAGAUUCAGAACGGGAGUGCACCGCUUCCUGCUGAAGACGAUAACGCCAUCAGGGAAUACAUCUGCAUACAGACCUACAUUAUGGCACAUGAUGAAUUCAAUGAUUGGUUCUCGCACUUUCACCACAACAAGCCACAAAGGCCCAAACUACAGGAAGGGGCAAACUUCACGGAGAAGGUGAAACAUGAACACAGAGAGCAGGAGUACAAGGUAGAGCUCAGCAGGUGGCACCACACGCUGUCCUCACAGACAGAAGAAGUCGUCACUAAGAUCUAUAACGUGCUGCUGUUCCCCGAUGGCUGGAUGGUGGACCAGAGAAUGGAGAGUCUGGAAGACGAGGGGCGGACCCACCAGCUGGACCUGCUGCGGCAGCUGUGCCUCCCCACCAUGUGCCUCCUGCUGCACACCAUCCUGCACCAGACUGGGCGCUAUGCAGACUGCAUGGUGCUGGCCGAUACCAUUGCGUCUGAACAACAUCAACUCUACACUGUCUUCAGGAGAGAUGAGCUGCAGAGGUUUCUGCAGAAGCUGCGGGACUCCUCCAUCCAGCUGCUGGACCAAAACCUCGACCCCCUGGGGUAUCAGAUGUCAUCUUAGAACAACAAAGUAUCAGACAUCAUUGCACGAUAUAUUUUCUUCCAACAUUUAAGAAAGCAUUCCUUUGUAAAAUCUUGAAGUUAAGUGUCAUAGUUUACAUGUCUGCAUUUACAAGGUUAAUGAAGAGAACUGAAAUAAAACAUUUACAAACUUUU